CCGGCUGCAUGGCCCGAUGGCAAGGCUUGCAGGCGUGGAGGCUCUGAGAGGCCGGAGCAAAGCGGGCUCUGGAGCCGCUCCUGUGCGGGGUUAAAGGCGGCAGCCGGGGAUCCGACCCGGCCUUUUGAUUUGCAACAAAGACCCGAUACGAUGCUGCGUCUGGUUUAACCCCUGGCUCCGGGGUAGAGCGCGCGGAUGCUGCCUAGGGGCUGCGCCAAGGGACUCAGCCUCUCCGCCGCUUCUCCCCAGCUCCGCAAACUGUUACCCUCUGGGACAGCCGUCUGCCUGCAGCCUGCCUGCUCCCUGCCCAGGCGGCGGGGCGGUCGGGAGAAGAGCUCUGUCUCGCGGGCGGCCAGAUCUAAAGCAUGCCUCGGGGUUGAUGCUGAAAGGCUCCCUGGCUCCAGAGGAAUGGAGGAGACCCAGAGCGCUGGCCAUUAGACUGAGCAGCUCCGAGAGGGGGCUUGCCGCCUGGGAUCGCUUCAACCCUUUCCCCCUCCACUGGCUCUGUUGCUUGGUAGUUGGUGGGUGCCUUGAUUGGAUCGCCUCUCUGUUUUCUUCCAGGAUGGCUCGCUUUGGGGAGGCGGUGGCUGGCCGCCUGGGAUCUGGAGAUGCGGGCUCUGAACAGAACAGGAUCCGCCAAGGACCCCCCGCGCCUUCCGGAGCGACCCCGGGAGCCUUCAAGCAAACCAAAGCGCAGAGGGCCAGGACUAUGGCUCUGUACAACCCCAUCCCAGUCCGACAGAACUGCUUCACAGUCAACAGAUCCCUCUUCCUCUUUGGGGAAGAUAACAUGGUCAGGAAAUACGCCAAGAAGCUCAUCGACUGGCCGCCGUUUGAAUACAUGAUCCUGGCCACCAUCAUUGCAAACUGCAUCGUCCUAGCGCUGGAGCAGCACCUCCCCGAGGAUGACAAGACACCCAUGUCCCGACGACUAGAGAAGACAGAGCCUUACUUCAUUGGGAUCUUUUGCUUUGAAGCUGGGAUUAAAAUAGUUGCUCUGGGAUUUGUUUUCCACAAGGGCUCAUACCUCCGGAACGGCUGGAAUGUCAUGGACUUCAUCGUGGUCCUCAGUGGCAUCCUCGCCACGGCUGGAACUCACUUCAACACCCAUGUGGACCUGCGGACCCUGAGGGCGGUGCGUGUGCUCAGGCCUCUGAAGCUCGUCUCAGGCAUUCCCAGCUUACAGAUCGUGUUGAAGUCCAUCAUGAAGGCCAUGGUGCCCCUUCUCCAAAUAGGCCUCCUGCUCUUUUUCGCUAUUCUGAUGUUCGCCAUCAUCGGCCUGGAGUUCUACAGCGGGAAACUGCACCGAGCUUGCUACGCGAAUAAUUCAGGUGAACUGGAAGAACUGGAUCCCCCACAUCCAUGUGGGGUGCAGGGAUGCCCCUCGGGUUACGAGUGCAAGGAGUGGAUUGGUCCCAACGAUGGGAUCACUCAGUUUGAUAACAUCCUCUUUGCUGUGUUGACCGUCUUCCAGUGCAUUACCAUGGAAGGGUGGACCACAGUGCUGUACAAUACCAAUGAUGCCUUAGGAGCCACCUGGAACUGGCUGUACUUCAUCCCCCUCAUCAUCAUCGGCUCCUUCUUUGUUCUUAACCUUGUCCUGGGAGUGCUUUCCGGGGAAUUUGCCAAAGAGCGAGAGCGGGUGGAGAACCGCAGAGCCUUCAUGAAGCUGCGUCGCCAGCAGCAGAUCGAACGGGAAUUGAAUGGCUAUAGGGCGUGGAUAGACAAAGCAGAAGAAGUAAUGCUGGCUGAAGAGAAUAAAAAUGCUGGGACAUCAGCCUUGGAAGUGCUCAGGAGAGCAACCAUCAAAAGGAACCGGACAGAAGCAGUGAAUCGUGACUCGAGUGACGAACAUUGCGUCGAUAUCUCCUCCGUGGGUACCCCUCUUGCUCGUGGCAGCAUCAGGAGCGCUAAAGUGGAUGGCGCCUCCUAUUUUCGGCACAAGGAGCGACUUCUGCGCAUCUCCGUUCGCCAUAUGGUGAAAUCCCAAGUAUUUUAUUGGACCGUCUUGAGCUUGGUGGCUCUCAACACUGCCUGCGUUGCCAUUGUCCAUCACAACCAGCCUCCGUGGCUCACCCACCUCCUCUACUAUGCAGAGUUCCUGUUCCUUGGGCUCUUCCUCCUGGAGAUGUCCUUAAAGAUGUAUGGAAUGGGGCCGCGCCUUUACUUUCAUUCCUCUUUCAACUGCUUUGACUGUGGGGUCACAGUGGGAAGCAUCUUUGAAGUAGUCUGGGCUAUCUUCAGACCAGGAACCUCUUUUGGGAUCAGCGUCUUACGAGCCCUCCGUCUUCUGAGAAUAUUUAAAAUAACGAAGUAUUGGGCAUCCCUGAGGAAUUUGGUGGUCUCCCUGAUGAGUUCCAUGAAGUCGAUAAUCAGCUUGCUCUUCCUCCUUUUCCUCUUCAUUGUUGUCUUCGCUCUCUUGGGAAUGCAGCUGUUUGGAGGCAGAUUUAAUUUCAUGGAUGGGACUCCUUCUGCAAACUUUGACACCUUCCCUGCAGCCAUCAUGACAGUGUUUCAGAUCCUGACGGGCGAGGACUGGAACGAGGUGAUGUACAAUGGGAUCCGCUCCCAGGGCGGAGUCCGCUCAGGCAUGUGGUCCUCCAUCUACUUCAUCAUCCUCACCUUGUUUGGAAACUACACCCUGCUGAAUGUGUUCUUGGCCAUCGCUGUGGACAACCUAGCCAAUGCUCAGGAGCUGACAAAGGAUGAGCAGGAGGAAGAGGAGGCUUUUAACCAAAAGCAUGCCCUGCAGAAAGCCAAGGAAGUCAGCCCGAUGUCUGCUCCAAACAUGCCCUCCAUUGAAAGGGACAGAAGGAGGAGACACCACAUGUCGAUGUGGGAGCCACGCAGCAGCCAACUGAGGGACAGGAGAAGGCGACAUCACAUGUCGGUGUGGGAGCAGCGUACCAGUCAGCUCCGCAGGCACAUGCAGAUGUCCAGCCAGGAGGGCCUUAACAAGGAUGCCCCUCCCUUGAUCAACCCUCAUGCCAGCAUAUUCAGGAGGAAAAUGCCUGGGGAAAAUGUAACCCUGGAGAAGAGUGAAGAGGAUCAUGGAGGCAGUGCAGAGCACCCGCAGGCGGAAUGCCUGGACCAACCCAUUGCAGGCACCAACUCAUGCCCAAGCACCAAAGAGGACCAGAAAAGCCCAUCCCCUCGAGCCAAGAGAGACAGGGAACAAUGGCAUCAGAAAUCAUGCCAUGGGAACUGUGAUCUGACUGAGCAGGAGGGGGGAGGGAGAGGAGGCGGAGGGGGAGGCGCAGGGAUCGAAGACCGAGCACGGUUGAGGCAGAGCCAGAGGCGCAGCCGGCACCGGAGAGUGAGAACUGAGGGGAAGGAGCCGGCUGGGGCCCUGGAGAGCAGGUCAGCCAGCCAAGAGGCCGGCCUGGAGGAAGCCAAUCCCACGGAAGGAGAGCAGGCCAGAAAUGAAGGGGGGAAGGAGGACACGAAUCAGGAGGAGCCACUGGCGGGCGAGGAGCUGAACAGAACCAAUGAAAUCCCAGCCGGUGAUGCUGCCUUUGCUGGGGCUAUGCAGGAAAUGAGCCCCCUCAAAGUCCCCCAUGAGCUCAACGAGGAGAAGAACACUAGCUUGACAGAGCAGGACUGCAGCGGCCUGGACACCAGUGACCAAGCCCUGCUGGGCAGCUUGCAGAUGGAGAUGAGCAGAGCCGUCAGCAGGAGCGAACCCGAGCUGUCCUCCGUCACGGCCAACACGGAGAAAGCCACUGAGAGCACCACCAUCAUGAUUGAUGUCCAAGACUCCACUGUGGUACAGAUUAGCAACAAGACGGAUGGAGAAGCCAGCCCCUUAAAGGAGGCAGAGACAAAAGAGGAUGAGGAGAAAGAGAAGAAGAAACGGAAGAAGGAGAAAAGCUCAGAGACGGGCAAAGCGAUGGUGCCUCAUAGCUCCAUGUUUAUCUUCAGCACGACAAACCCAGUGCGAAGGGCCUGCCAUUACAUCGUGAACCUGCGCUACUUCGAGAUGUGCAUCCUCCUGGUGAUUGCCGCGAGCAGCAUUGCCCUGGCAGCAGAGGACCCUGUCCUGACCAACUCGGACAGGAAUAAAGUCCUGAGGUAUUUUGACUACGUUUUCACGGGUGUCUUCACCUUUGAGAUGAUUAUAAAGAUGAUAGACCAGGGCUUGAUCCUGCAGGACGGCUCUUAUUUCCGAGACCUCUGGAAUAUCCUAGAUUUCAUCGUGGUAGUUGGGGCACUGGUGGCUUUCGCCUUGGCGAAUACAUUGGGGACCAACAAAGGCCGGGAUAUCAAAACCAUUAAGUCUCUGCGUGUGCUCCGGGUCUUGAGGCCUCUGAAGACCAUUAAACGAUUGCCCAAACUCAAGGCUGUCUUUGACUGUGUAGUGACUUCCCUGAAGAAUGUCUUCAACAUACUUAUCGUCUACAAGCUCUUCAUGUUCAUCUUCGCAGUCAUUGCUGUGCAGCUCUUCAAGGGGAAAUUUUUCUACUGUACGGACAGCUCUAAGGACACAGAGAAGGAUUGCAUAGGCAACUACGUGGACCAUGAGAAAAACAAGAUGGAGGUGAAGUGUCGUGAAUGGAAGCGCCAUGAAUUUCACUAUGACAACAUCAUUUGGGCUUUGCUUACGCUCUUCACUGUCUCCACUGGAGAGGGGUGGCCACAGGUGCUGCAGCAUUCAGUGGAUGUGACUGAGGAGGACCGGGGGCCCAGCCGCAGUAACCGCAUGGAGAUGUCCAUUUUUUACGUGGUAUAUUUUGUGGUCUUCCCUUUCUUCUUUGUCAACAUCUUUGUGGCUCUCAUCAUCAUCACUUUCCAGGAGCAAGGAGACAAAAUGAUGGAGGAGUGCAGUCUGGAGAAGAACGAGAGGGCAUGCAUUGACUUUGCCAUUAGUGCCAAACCUCUUACGCGCUACAUGCCUCAAAACCGACACACCUUCCAGUACCGCGUCUGGCACUUUGUGGUUUCCCCAUCCUUUGAGUACACCAUCAUGGCCAUGAUAGCACUGAAUACCGUGGUGCUGAUGAUGAAGUACUAUUCCGCGCCCUACACAUAUGAGCUGGCUCUUAAGUACUUGAACAUCGCAUUUACCAUGGUAUUCUCAUUGGAAUGCGUCCUGAAGAUCAUAGCUUUUGGCUUCCUGAAUUAUUUCCGGGACACCUGGAACAUCUUUGACUUCAUCACCGUGAUUGGCAGCAUCACAGAAAUCAUCUUGACAGACACCAAGCUGGUGAACACCAGCAGCUUCAACAUGAGCUUCCUGAAGCUGUUCCGGGCUGCUCGCCUCAUCAAACUGCUCCGCCAGGGCUACACCAUCCGUAUCCUGCUGUGGACCUUUGUGCAGUCCUUCAAGGCCCUCCCAUAUGUCUGUCUCUUGAUCGCUAUGCUUUUCUUCAUAUAUGCAAUCAUUGGGAUGCAGGUUUUUGGGAAUAUCAAAUUAGAUGAAGAAAGCCACAUUAACCGUCACAACAACUUCCGCAGCUUCCUGGCCUCCCUUAUGCUUCUUUUUAGGAGUGCCACAGGUGAGGCGUGGCAGGAGAUCAUGCUGUCAUGCCUGCAAGGCAAAGGCUGUGAGCCAGACACCACGGCAACGUCCGGACAACAUGAGAACGAGCACUGUGGCACGGAUCUGGCUUACGUGUACUUUGUCUCCUUCAUCUUCUUUUGCUCCUUCCUGAUGCUCAAUCUGUUUGUGGCUGUCAUCAUGGACAAUUUUGAAUACCUGACUCGGGAUUCCUCCAUCCUGGGGCCUCAUCACUUAGAUGAGUUUGUCCGGAUCUGGGCGGAGUAUGACAGAGCUGCGUGUGGCCGCAUCCAUUACACUGAGAUGUAUGAAAUGCUGACUCUCAUGUCACCACCGCUAGGCCUCGGCAAGAGAUGUCCCUCCAAAGUGGCCUAUAAGAGGCUGGUGCUGAUGAACAUGCCUGUGGCUGAGGACAUGACGGUCCAUUUCACCUCUACCUUGAUGGCUCUGAUCCGUACGGCGCUGGACAUCAAAAUUGCUAAAGGCGGUGCAGACUGGCAGCAGUUGGAUUCGGAGCUGCAAAAGGAGAUUCUGGCCAUCUGGCCUCACCUGUCCCAGAAGAUGCUGGACGUACUAGUGCCCCUGCCAAAAACUUCUGACCUGACGGUAGGCAAAAUAUAUGCAGCCAUGAUGAUCAUGGACUACUAUAAGCAGAGCAAAGCAAAGAAGCAGAAACAGCAGCUGGAGGAACAGAAAAAUGCCCCUAUGUUCCAGCGCAUGGAGCCCUCAUCUCUGCCUCCAGAGAUCCUUUCUAAUGCCAAAGCUUUGCCUUACCUCCAGCAGGACACCCUUUCAGGCCUGAGCAGCCGGAGUGGGUACCCAUCGCUGAGUCCACUCUCUCCUCAAGAGAUAUUCCAACUGGCUUGUAUGGAUUCAACACAUGGGCAGUUCCAGGAGCAGCAAUCUCUGGAGCCAGAGGUUAGAGAGUUUCAAAGCGUGCAGCCCUCUAACCGUGGCAACUAUCUCCCCGUGGACACUCAGGAGCGCGCUGUAUCUGGGAGGGCCUCCUCCAUGCCACGCCUGACUGUGGAUCCCCAGGUGGUUACAGACACGAGCUCUAUGAGACGAUCAUUCUCCACCAUCCGGGACAAGCGUCCUAACAGCUCCUGGCUGGAUGAGUUCUCCAUGGAGCGAAGCAGUGAAAACACGUACAAGUCGCGCCGGCGCAGUUACCACUCCUCGCUGCAGCUGUCUGCUCGCCGCCUGAAUGCAGACUCAGGCCACAGAUCUGAGACACAUCGCUCGGGCGGAAGAGAACGAGGGCGAUCCAAAGAACGCAAGCACCUGCUGUCCCCGGACAUCUCCCGCUGCAACUCGGAGGAGAGGAGUCCGCAGGCAGAUGGCGAGUCUCCUGUCCGGCGCCAGUCCAGGUCACCCAGCGAGGGCAGGUCACAGACGCCAAACAGGCAGGGCACGGGCUCCCUGAGUGAAAGCUCCAUCCCCUCUAUAUCUGACACCAGCACCCCGAGACGAGGUCGCCGGCAACUCCCUCCGGUCCCCCCGAAGCCACGGCCGCUCCUCUCUUAUGCCUCCAUGAUGCGGCACCCUGGUGACACCUCCCCACAACCGGAUGAGAGCGAGGGGGGGUCCCCUCUAUUCUCCCAGGCGCUGGAGACGAAUGACACCUGCCUGACCGAGUCUUCCAGCUCUCCGCAGGGAAAGCAGAGCCGGCACUCCACCCCCCAUCGCUACAUCUCGGAGCCAUACCUGGCCCUGCAUGACGACUCCCAUGCCUCAGACUGCGGCGAGGAGGAGACGCUCACCUUUGAGGCUGCUGUCGCCACCAGCCUUGGCCGCUCCAACACCAUCGGGUCAGCCCCUCCUUUGCGGCAUGGCUGGCAGAUGCCCAAUGGGCACUACAGGAGAAGGAGGAGAGGGGCAGCGCAGGGGGUGAUGUGUGGGGCUAGCAUCGACGUGCUAAGUGAUACGGAAGAAGAUGACAAGUGCUAGAGGCCGCUCCCUCCCUCUGUUGCAUGCUCUUCGCCACGCGUGGGAAUGAAACGAACCCAAAAUCAAAUGCAGGAGAAAUAAAAUCUUUGUGCAAAAAAAAUUUGAACCCGCUGACCCCUCCCCCCUUUUUUCUGCACAAAGAAGCAUUUGAUUCGCUUGCACGCCUCUGGUCCAGUAAGGCUCAGGCACCAGUGGGAUGAGUGUGGAAACCAUGGAAGUGCCCCUCCCAAGCAAAACAGGACUUUAUGCCUAUGGGAAACCAGAGGGUGGAUCCGCUGCCAAGCAAAACUCAGCAGAAAGCAGCCAGGACCCUGAGAUUUAUUUGUAUUUGCCUUGGUCCCUUGAAGCUUGGCAAAAGAUCCCAGCAGGCGGCUUUGGGCAUGUUUCAUUUUUCCCUUGGGAAGUCGGAGUGGGAGGAUCGAGACAGAUGCGGGGCCCUUCCAGAGAAACGGACACCGUCACUGGGGUUCUCUUGUGCUGCCCGUGGCUUUUGGUUUGCUUCCCAGAUGCAUUAGUGACAAAACUGCCAGGAGGAAGGUGGGGUGGGGGUGGGCGGUGGCCCUGGGGCCCAGCGGACAGCCAGCCGCUGCUGUGCAUGAUGGGAGGGGAUGGGUUCAGGUGAAACCAAAACAAAACGGCUUGUACCAUGGGGAGAUUGUGGGAGGAGGGGCUGGGGGCAAUGCUGCUGAACGUAACCACCUUGCUCGUACAUAUAUUAUUUAUAUACUGAGAACUAUAGGUGUGUGUGUGUAUAUACGGUAUGUGUGUGUAUAUAUAUUUAUAUGCUGUAUAUAUAAAGAUAUACACAUGCAGGUAUUUGUUUUAGUCAACUGGUGCACGCUAUCUCCAGGGCCACCUUUCUCCCGCAGGACCUCUAGCCAGCAGGCGAACACUUUCUGUUGACUUACAAUGCCAGGUAUGGUAUUUUUCCUACCCUGGGUCUUGUUCUGUUGGACAAACGCGGCUGGGUCAGGCCCCUCUUUCCCCCUGCCUGGAAGGCGGCAGACCUGUUGUUUGAAAUGCAAAAUACAGAUUUAAAACAAAAGGAAACGCCUCCCGGGAGAUAUUAACAUGGGUGGCGGUAUUAUUGCUGGGCUGUGAUUUUUGCAUGUGGUUGAGCACCAGCUAGACUGAGGAUCUGAGCGUGUGCCAAAGAAGUUACCACUUCCCAGUUUACACUUAGCCCAGCGAGGAACUCAAAUAGGUGUCCAUGGGACUAUGAAAAUCUAGAGAAGGGAGUGGGAAUCUCUCUUUACACCAAUACCUCCCCACUCCCUCUCGUGUGUGUGGCUGGCCUGGCACCAUACUCUCCUCCCUGCGGCUCAGGUGCCUCUGCAUUCCACUGAUGCACGGACAGAGUGUGCACUCGGGGUCUGAUCCAAAGCUUACUAAAGUCGGUGGAAGUGUUCCCACAAAUAUCAGUGGGCUUUGGAUCAGGUCCUGACUGAUGCCCCUUUGUACUGUCUGAGCGUGAAAGUGUUGUGCACUAGCAAACUGCUUUGGCAAACGUGAGCAGAUUUUUCCCUAAUGAGCCACCCUAGUGCGAAUUGAGCAGGGCUAGGUGAUGCAGAUAAGUACAUAAAUCUCUGCCCAGCCCAGUCCUUACCCAAGAGACCCAGAGGAAAUGCAUCCACCCUCUCGAACAAUGAAACUGAAGGACUGAGCACAGUACUUUUCAAAACCAGACUAAUUGGUUUAGAGAGGGGAUGGAAGGUGCAGAUGGAAAGCAUGGCUAUUGGGGGUGAACGCUUCUCCCCUCCCCAUUCCCCAAGCGGCUUCAUCGCUGCAUGGAGGGACACUUAGGCAUAUUAGCCUUUCAAGAUCUCCUGCAGAGGCAAUGCUACAGACUGAAUCCAGUCCCCACGUCCCUCCUGGAAAAAAUGUGGGCAGCAUCCUUUAUUUCCCAAGUUCAGGUGCAGGAACUGGACAUGGAUUGCAUCACCACCGUCAUUAGAACCCCUCCUGGGCUUGACAAGCUCUCUCUGACCUGGAAUGGAGGAGGGUUUUGAUGGUUGAGAUUUUCAAAGCCGACUGGAGGAUUUAGCUUCUCAUCUGUUCUCAAUUUGCCAUGAGCUGUGUGACCCCAGUCAGUUUCCAAAAUCUUAACCUUCCUGCCUCGUGGCCUGCUGCCUACUCUUCCACUGGCAAAUUACGGGCACUCUGGAGCAGUUCCAGGCAGAAUGUUCUCCCCCCAAUUCACAGACAGAUUGGCACCGUCAAUGUGCCUUCAAUCUUGUAUGGAUUGAAAAAGGUUUGUUUGAGAAGCUUUAAAAUAUACAUAUGAAGUACCUGAUGGGACAGUGUCAUGCAAGCAGGAUUUUAUUAGCAUUGGCUUGAGAAGGUUACGUUACUCAGGGGUGAAUUGUCAGCUCAACCCAAAACAAGGACCUCUUCAACCUUUCCAUUACACCAGUGUGCUGUAUUAUGCCAUGCAGUGUACAGAAAAAAUCCAUUUGGAGCAAGUUUUAGAUAGGUGUAUUGGGACUGUUUAUUGUAUCCCUUCACCUGUUAGCCAGGUGCAACGAGACCUAAAAUGAGCUUUAUUAACCAUAAAAACAUCAUGGCUGCAAGACCCAGUAUUUCGUCACCUUCCAGAGCUAGGAGCAGCAUGCUGUGUAUCUCGCUGAGAAUCUCCCCUCUCCAAUGGGAUAAGGAGCCAUGGAGGUUAGGAACCCACAUCUCACUGGAAGGUCAGUGAACACUGGGCACCUAACUCCCAUUUGGGCCUUUAACAAAUCUCCCCUUAAAGCUCCCAUUUCUAGCACUUCAGCAUUAUGUAGUAUUUGGCCAUUGAGCUGUCCCUGCAUCAGGAAUGAUGAUCGCCUGUGAAGGGGCCUCUGCCCCGUCUAAUUAUGAUGGGGAGAAAUUCCACAUUUGGGGGCAAGAAGAAACAAUUCUGUGGCAGGUUGAUUUGGGGAGCUGCUCAGGGUUUUCGGCUGUUAGAAGUCAUCCUGGUGUGAGGAUGGAUUAGUGGACAGAGUGCAAGCAAGGGGAAUGAAGGAGCAAGAUCAAUGCAGUUUAUUGCAUGGUUAUGCCAUUUUUCUCCCAUGGCUCUGCCACCUAUCCCAUAGCUCUGCAAUUCUGCAUAUGCAUAGCACUUCAGUCUGUGGGAGAAGGACGGGGGAGUGCGUUUAUUCUAUAUGACAUGGCUUUCUUGUAAACAGGACUGAUUUUCCCUCGGAAGGUGUGUUUCUAGGCACAUGUUCUGUCUUCUCUCUUUCAGCGAUAAUCUUCAAGGGAAGCACAUAUGUAAUCAGCCGUGUGUGCUGUCCCCAAUGUGCAGUACCUGGCACAAGUCCUUUAGAGGACUCAAAAAACAGAUUUAGCAAAUCAACCAUUUCCUGUCCCAUUCAGUGGCCUUUAUGCAGAAAUUGAGGUAGGAGGCUGAUUUUCACUUCCGGUUUUAGGCUGUUCAGGCCUUGGUUCAGCAAUCCAUCCCUCUCCAGCAAAGCAUGGGAGCACAUGCUUAACUACACUGAAUUAGGAUGGAUUUAAGCAUGUGCUUAGAUGCUAUACUGAACUGGGACCCGAAUGCACGAAGGAUAUGCGAGUGCAGACCAAAAGCUUACCCGGCAGGCAGGACUGGAUUGGAAUGGAUUUGUCUGCAGUUAGUUUUUGGCUGGCCUGGUCUGCUUGAAAAUUGAAAUUUUCCUUUCCUAAAGUCCAGCUAUGCCACAAAAUAAAUCCAGUCUGAGAGGGGAGAGCUGGCUGCCCACGCUUCCAGUGUUCCCAGGAUGGCUUGGCCCCUCCCUUCCACAUACACAUGCAAAUGGAAGGGAACAAACCAGCAAUCAGCAGCUGGCAACAAUAAUAUAAUGGUGUGGGUAUUAUUAUAUAGCAGCUUUUGUCUUAAGGUACCUGUAUAGAUAAAUGGGCUAAAAUCCUCCUCCUGCUCAGAGUGGUGAGGUGGAGGGUGCAAGCGGAUUCAGCAUAAGGGGUGCUGGGGGACUCCGGGAUUGUCUGGCUGUAGGAAGAGGGUUGAGCAGUGUAUGGAUGAGUAAGCCUGCCUGCAGUACUGCAGUGCAGCAUAUUCGGGACAAGUGUGCUUAUCCGUAGAGUUCAUGAAGUUGAGUCAUCUGGGACAACUUCCUAAUACAGGAACUGUACUAUUUAAAAUACAGCAUGUGGCUAAAUUCCAGCUCCAGUUGUAACUGCUCUGUAAUUCUGUUCUGCCAGCCUGAAUUCCCCCUGUGGUUUCAAAUGUGUGUUCUCUGCUGUGCUCACUGUGGCAGAGGGAUGCUAGUGUAGGGUAGCUGUUUUGUUUCCACCCCAGAGGUGGUUGCAUUUCAGUUUGCUUUGUACAUACAGGGCCAAAGCCUGGUUCCUUUGAAGUCAGUGGGAGUUUUGCCAUUCAUUGCAGCAGGACUAGACUUUGGCAUGGGGGCUGUAUAAAUGCUUUGGGACCGAAGAUGCUAUGUAAUAAUAAUACCCAAUGUACUAUAUUACUCGAGCCAGUCGUGAUGCCGAAUUGUGCAUCUACAGUUACGUUGGUGUGCCUUGUCAUACUAGAAGGGGAUGCUGUGCUCUGAAGGCACAUGUUUGGGGUGGCUAACUGGGAAGUGUGAGCAUGUGGCCCUUAGCUUAGCUUCUUGCAAUCAUGCCCUCGUUUCUGUCAGAGGGUUAUUGUGUUUUAGUUUGUCCAUGUUGUGCAGCAGCCUCGGCCACCCAAAACCUAACUCUAGACAAGUGACAUUUAAUUCUGCACCACCCAUUGGAUAAGCUACAGCUUGGUCCUUAGAAAUCCUGGUGGCAUUCGCUGUCCUGAAACUGAAAGUGAAGAUCAGCCUCUCACAUCGUUUUCUGAGUUUCUGAAAAAAAAUUUCAAUGAAAAAUUUCAGCCAGCUCUAAGAACUAUCAAGCCAGCCAGCUCUAAGAACAGUUAUCAAGGGGAGAGAUUGGGGAAAAGAUCCGUAUUCUAGGUGCCAAAUGCUUUCACUGCCUAUCUGUGCCCUUGUGCCUCACUCCAAGGAGUGACUGUCCCUCUCUCCUGUAUGCCAAAUCCUCUUGCCACCCCCAAACACCCCCAGCAAGCUACCCAAUUCCUCCCCAGCCAUCCUACCCCUCUCUUAGCUAUCUGACCCUCUCACUGUCCCUAAACAAGUGAUGAAUCCAUCCCUGCACAGCUCUUUCAGCUGCUUAAUUCACACAAAGCAUCCCUAAAAGUGACCUGGACCACCCCGUUCCAGCGACUUAACUUCUCUCAGCAAGCAAGCCAGCUCUCCUGUCAGCUCCCAUGCUGUCCGGUUUCCAGGUCUCAUCCUGCUGGAAUGUAAUGAGGGUUAACCCAAGGUCCAAAUGGCUGCCCAGUAAUUCACUGCCAUCCAAAACCUCUUUGCAGGAUCUCUCUACCUCAUUAUGCUUGAUCUCGUUAGCCCACCUGCCAAACCAUACAGAAACGUAGCAGUUUCAUUUAUUCUGUUGCUUGGUUUUAAUUUGUCAGGCACCAGAUGAUAUGGGGAUGGGUGCAUUUACAAACAAACAAACAGUGAUUAAAGGGCUGGGCUGUCAUUGCCAGGGCUAGGCAUGUGGCUCUGACUUUCAGUGUUUUCGGGGGGUGAGGCAUUUUGUGUUUUAAGCAGAGGGCCCUCUCGGGGGCUUUAGACUCAGGUUGGUAGAGAUGGGCCUGAGUUGCUGUGCUGGGCUGUGUGAAUUCAGCUCAGAGAGUUGGGGCUGUCUGGGUCUGGGGGUUUGGCUCAGGUUCAUUUCCGAUAUGGAGCUUUCCCUUGCCGAUCUGUUUGCCAUUAUAAAGAGCUUUUGGUAGCUUCUUGACAGUACGAAGAACGUCUCUCCUGCAAUUUGUAGUACAUGUAUUGCCCAGGAAGCUCACAAGAGCGUUUUCGAACACCAGGGAGAGGCAGGCAGCAGAGACCUUGGAAACAUAUCUGCUGUCAGGAGAAUGCAGCACAGGCCUCGUUGCGUCUGGGUCCAGGCCCAUCGAUUUCCUUUCACUCUUUUAAGUCCUUCAUUUAGCCAAAAUGUAAAGACUCGCUCAGGGGAUUUCCUGACUCAAAUAUUUCCGUGUAAAGUGAAUCUGGAGAAGGUGCAUCUGUCUGCCAGCAGCAGCCACUGCCUCUGCAGCUCUGAGCUAGUAACUACCUGAGCCCCUUCCCCUUUGGGGCAGCACACAACACCCCCAAGGAGACUUGAACAUAGACCCUUGUGGUCCAUGGACAGUGCCAGAUGUGCCUCCACCUGGCUGUUGGGCUUUUCUUGGCUAGAUGUCGCUCCCCCUGUGUAUCACAGCUCCUUGGAGCUUGAUGCCUCUCAGGUUAGGUGAAGUGCAGUGAGGCCUAGGUAGGGCUGCCACGUGUCAUACAAGAAGAAUCAAUAGCUGUAAAAGGCCCAUUCUGGCUCUCGUAACUCCCUGUGACAAAGGGACAUUGCAGGUACUCAGUACCUGUCUGGAUCAAGAGGUGAGACCUGCCCUAUUCAUCCCCAUUAGCUAUUUCCUCUGAAACCUAAGGAUGGCUCCCACAUUUAUUAUUCCAACUGGGGUGGGGUGCGGGAUGCAUGGCUGUACGGUCCUGCAAUCUGAUACCAGAGAAAUGUGUCACAAUUAAACAAAACAAAGGGAAAACUAAUUACUCCAGAACUGACAGGAAGUAAUCAGCAGCUGGAUAACUCUGAACCAGUCAGCUUUGAGGAACUGACUCUGAUUCUCCAGCAGCAGGAAGGCAGCUGUGUUACUGUCAGCUUGUUCCAAAGGUCUCUCGCAAAGGCAUAUCUCCUCAUGGUACAAACUGUUGGGCUAGGAGGUGGUCAUGGGCGGGUGGAGUGUGGAUGAGAUGACCCUCCCCCAUACGUAUUGUAAAUAAAGGGGUUUGCAUCUUGACCUUCUAAAUGCAAAAAGAUUUAUGACAAUAAGCCAUGCUCUGUGUAAAUACAUUACUGGGGGUGGGAGGUGGGGUUCUCUUGUGUGUGUGCAUUAGGUGGGCGGGGGGACUAUAAAGAGGAUCCUUGUUUCACGUUGGUUUUAAAGCUUAUAACUUAUGUCUCAUUAUUAUGGUUCUAGCAGGCCAGCAAGUGUGCAAUGAAGUUUAUGAGUUUUGAAAUAUUUCUUAAUUUUUAAACUCAUAUUUCAAGCUUAAUAUCUCUUCGGCACACAGACUGGUCUCUCUCCCCUAUGAAGGCUUAUCCUGGUCCCCCCCACCUGAGGGAAGGUGUGUUCCCCUUGCCCCCAGCAAUCUAGACAGAGUGCUGGUAUAUGCCACCAGGGAAAUGAUGGAUCUUUCAGCUCAGAGUUUGACUGGCCACGAGAUCAUUUGCUUGUAGCUGGAACUGGAAUCUAGCUUUGGCUACAGGUGGCUCUGCAGGUAGUGAAGUCUGGAUUCAGGACUGAGAUCUGUUGACUCUUUAGAUCCUAGAGCACAGAACCAGGAGUGGGCUCAGAUCUGUCUGAAUGCUACAGCAGGAUCGGGACUUAGAUGGGGUUUCCAGCCUAGUGAUGGCGCCAGAGGCUUGAAAUGGGGCUGAGAUAGGUUAGAGAGAUCUAUCUGAUCAAGCUAAGUAUUUACAGUCUGCUUAUUGCCAUACCAUCUGAGCACCUACAUAGGUGGGUCUGCUCUCCAGACACACAAAAUCAGUCCCCGGUUCAAGCUGUUUCCCAAAAUGCCUUGAAUCAGCAUGGACACUCAAUCUCUCUCCAAAAGUUGGAGCCAUGACACUCAAAUCGGAACUGAGAUUGGUGAUGGGAAAGGGGCAUGUCCAGCUCCUGGAGCCAAAACUUUGAAGUAGCAUGGAAGUUGGGUUUCUCUCCAGAUGUUAAAGAUGCCAGUCAGGGGAGCUCUGUGCUUCCCAGCUCCUGGAUGGAAUGUCUCUCUCCCCCUUCCCCCCUGCACCCAUGUAUUGCACAGACACUUCACUACAUAUUUGGAUUAGGAGAUGGAAGCAUUUUCUUCUUGACUCUCAGUGGUCUUGGGUGGUAAUCAUUUGAAAUUUCCGUUUGACAAGUUAGUUGCUGUUGAAACCAUAAAAACAGGAGCGAGGAGAAACAGUAAAAAUCAAAGUGCCAUUAAAAUAAAACACUGCGGGAUGGUUGGCAUCCAUGGUACUAAAGCAGAAUUUGUCCCUUUGUGUGAAACAAGUGCUAAAACAUUGCCACCCCUGUUCUAGAGUAGCCCUCGUCCAAAUUAUUUGAUGAGAGUUUCCGUAUGGUAUGCCAAUACCAGCUGGUUUAUUGAAAACCUGUUGGGUUCAUCAGCCAAGUAAUGAGCAUCCAUCGAUAGCAUGGAUGCGGAACCUGAGUAGAGCUUUUUAUUCAUCUACACUGGUGUUUUUUUAACAUACAGAAACUGUUUGUACGCAGCUACACUAUAAACCACAGUGUUGGGAAUCUUUCUUUUCCGUGGCACCACAAGCCUGGACUGAUUAGAUCUACCUUGCAAAGUCCAGGAUGUGGUUACACCUCUAGAAGGGGAUAAAGUACCCCAGGGGGGUCAUAGGAUUUGAAAGCAAAUGGGGACAAUACUGUAUCGGCCUGUGAAACCAAAAAAUGAGAGAGCUAAGGGAAAGACUCCCCAUAGGGGAACAGAUUGUUUCAAGGUACUGUUGCAGCCUGCAUACCCUUUUGUAAGUCUCCGGACUAACUCUGCUUCUGUAUAAUGUAUCUUCCAUGGCCUAAAGAAGGCUUGACAGCCAACAGAAGCUUUCUCCCCCUUGACAAGCCCAUGAGAUUCUGCUGCUAAGCUCUCCGCUUAUGGUCAGGUUCCAAGCAUCACUGCUGUACUUGGAGCAAGAAUCUCCAAACCAAGGGGAUGUUUUCUUAAAUCCAACCAGAAGAUGUUCUUUAUGACUUUAAUAACCCUUCAACAUAGCAGGAGGAAAACUGGGGCGGUAACAAUAUACUUCCAUGCAGAGAGAGGGCCAUGGCAGGACAUCAGGUGGGGGAGGAGCUAACAAGAAUGUCCAUGCAGGGAGAGGGCCAUGGCAGGACAUCAGGUGGGGGAGGAGCUAACAAGAAUGUCCAUGCAGGGAGAGGGCCAUGACAGGAUAUGGGGAGGCAGAGAAAAUCAGGGAAAUAGUUCAGUCUCUGCAUCUGGAUCUAGUGUUUCAGGAUAACCAGACCCUGCUCAGUCCAAUCCAACUGGAGGUGUACCAAUACAAUACUACUACUGGUGCACAGCUGGCUAACUGAUCCCCAGUCGUAUUGAGACAUCCAGCUGUUCUAAACAACAACUAUUGCCUCUGGAGUUGACUCUGUGCCGUUUUCACUUGCUCGUUACCUGAAGCAUAUGACGAUUGACUAAGAGAAAGCAGAGCAGCUGCUGAGGUGCAAAGUGCAUGCUAAUCAAACUGGCACACAGCAUUCCCUUUUGGGUUUUUUUUCCAUAGUCACAGUCCUGGCACAUCCAGGGCAAGUCCAAGAUCCCUCCAAUAAAUGCAGUUCUUAUUGGCGGACCAAAGCCGUGAUCCCUGUGGAAGUCUGGGUGCACCUCUCCUAAGCCAGCUGCUGAGCUCAGCACUGCAUGUUGACGAGGUGGAUAUAUUGUAACAUAAAUGCUCGUUUGGCUCCAAAAGGAAAACCACAAAAAAAAAACGGGGGGGGGUGGGGAAAUGUAAAACUUUAAUGUUUUUUUGUCAGAGAAAAAAAUAAAAUAAAAACUUGUUCUAAAGAAUUAA